AUGCCACGUGCAGCUAUGCCCCGUGCCUCAUCGAGAUGCCCCGUUCUGCUCGGCCUGCUUGCGUUGGCAUGCUUGAGCAGGCCAUCACCUAGCCCUGCCGCAUUUGCAGCAAUCAGUCCAAUCAGUGAGGGAAGCAACGUGCCCUCGGUGACAUUCAAGACCCGCACACGCACCGAGGAGAAGGUGGAGAAUCCCUUUGAUUGGAAGGACCUGACAUCUGAGGAGCUCUUCAAAGGAAAGCGCGUGGUGGUCUUCGCUUUACCAGGGGCUUUCACCCCGACAUGCUCGAGCACGCACCUCCCAGGCUACGAGAACAAGUACGAUGAGAUCAAGGCACUGGGCAUCGAUGAGGUGUACUGCCUCUCCGUGAACGAUGCCUUCGUGAUGCGUCAGUGGGGAUUAGGCCAAGGCCUGGAGGAGGACAAGACACCAGGCAGCCUGGGGUUCAAGAAGGUGAAGCUUCUGCCCGACGGAGCAUGCCUGUUCACCCGUGGCAUGGGCAUGUCGUGCGUCUGGGACAGCGAACGAGGCUUUGGCGAAAGGUCCUGGAGGUACUCCAUGGUCGUCAAUGACAUGAAAGUAGAGAAGCUCUUCAUGGAGCCCAACGCUGUACAGAACUCGGGUCCAGAUCCGUUUGAGGUCUCGGACGCUGACACCAUGUUGGCCUACUUAAAGAGCAGGUGGCUGCUUGUGGGGCUUCUGGUCAUUGCGGCCGGCAUCGCCUUCUACUGGGCCGAGGAGGCACCAGAGACGGGCUGCUGCAGCGAAGGUCCCUGGACCUCCGUGAAGACCGGC